AAAUUCACGCGAUUCCAUACCACAUUUCAAUUUCUGACAAUGACUGAGUAGCAAAUACUUGAAAGUCUAGAAAAAUCUGAUUCAAUUCAAUCGAAUCUGCCAUUAAAUCAACUGGAGUCUACGGUACAUAUCUUCCAAGUAAAAAUACCAGGUUUCUGAAUUGGGUGGUGAAGAGAUGGAAGCGAAAAUUGGGGAAUUCUUCGACAAAGUCUCGUCGUUCUUCAGCGGCGGCGAUCAAAUCCCUUGGUGCGACUCCGACAUCGUCGUCGGUUGUGAAAGGGAGGUUGCAGAGGCUGAGAAAGGUUCUUCUGAUGAACUUAAAAAUGAAUGCAAAAUGAGAUUGUCAUGGGCUCUUGUUCACUCGAAACGUCCAGAAGAUGUACAGCGGGGAAUUGCGAUGCUUGAAGCUUCUUUGAGUGGAACUGGCAGCAGCCCACAGCAAAUGAGGGAAAAGUUGUACCUUCUAGCUGUUGGGUACUUCCGAAGUGGAGAUUAUCCUAGGAGCAGGCAACUGGCAGAGCGCUGUUUGGAGAUUCAACCUGAUUGGAGGCAGGCCUUGAAUCUGAAAAAAGCAGUUGAAGAUCGCAUCACAAAAGAUGGAGCAAUAGGCAUAGGCAUUGCUGCCACUGCUGCAGCCCUUGUGGCUGGUGGACUUGCUGCAGCACUAUCUCGUCGAAGAUGAUCAGCUUGUUAUGCACGUAUGCAACAUAAGCGUAUUUGUCCUCUAUUAUCAAACAAUUUAGAUUGUUAAUCUGGUAACUGUCAUGUGAAGCAAACAAUUUCGUCUUGAAAUGGAUUAUCUCUUGUUCGAUCUCAGGUAUCAUGAAACCAAGGUUAAUGUGUAGAGAGCUUUUGGUGUUCAUAAUUAAACUAAGUGCAACUUUUGUGCAUCUCUCUCUUUUUUUGUUAGUUAAUUACUGUAUAUCACUUCUCUUGACUUGGUUUGGAUGCAUGAGUAUUGCUUCACCUA